AGCUCGCACCCCCCAUGCGCGUUUGCACUCGCAUCCUGCGGUGUAGUCGAGCCUGCCGCGAUGCCGCCUCUGCCCGAAGGACCAGGAGCCCGCCUCCCAGCCGGCCCGGUGAGUGAGGCGUGGGCCGGGGAGUGGCAGGCGGCGUGCGGGCACGCGGCCUGCGAGGAGUGCAUCCGGGGCUGGGUGGACGCGCAGAUCUCGCAGUGCCGCAGGCGGCGCCAGCUGAGGCUGCGCUGCUUCGGGCCGGGCUGCUCCAAGGCCCUGCCGCAGCAGCUUGUGCUGGCGGUCUCGGCUGGGGCGCGGGACCUCGCCGACAGGCUCGAGCAGCGCUUCGACCUGGAGCGCAACCGCCUCUACCCCGCGCCGCUGCAGGUGGACUGCCCCCGCCCCGACUGCGUCGGCAUCGGCUACCUCGGCUUCGACACGGUCAUGUGCUUUGUGUGCGAGCACCAGUGGGAGCCCGACAGGCACCUGCUGAAGAAGCAGCUGAGCAUGCACGGCGGCUGUGGUGGCGGCGAUGGCUGCCUCGCGCAGGCCGAGGCCGAGCUCCCCGAGACCGUUCGGCGCUGUCCGCGCUGCAGCGUGCCCAUCGAGAAGGACGGCGGGUGCGACCACAUUACCUGCCGGUGUGGGUACGAGUUCCGCUGGUCGACGCUCGAGUUGUGGAGGCCGCUUUAAGCAUGAGACAUGUUGUGUCUGGCCGCCGCUGAGAAUGGCGAUACCCGCUGUUUGAGCCUGGUGUUUCCGAGUACGCGGUAAUUCGUGGCUCGCUCAGGCUCGCCCUUUAAAUGUGGUUGAUCCGUUACGAUUGUUUCGGAAGCUUCGUCCGAUGCCCCCACCUUACAGCAGCAGCACAGCCGGGGAACGGAGCGGCAGCGUUAGCAUCCAGAAGUAGGCCUGUGUACAGAUAGCUGCUGCGCUCAACGUCGUGUACAGGCAGCGGCGGUCAGUUCGUGUCUCUCUCUCUCUCUCUUUCUCUCCUUUUCGUCCCUCCUCCUCCUUCUCUUCCAACUCUUCCUUCCCCUCCUGCGCUGCCCCCGCUGCGUGGCCGUUGCGCAAGGGCCAGGGCCCGCGCUGCACAUCACCGCAUCUUGGCCGCGGCACCGCUCUCUCCGCGUGAGGGCGCCGCGCCUGCUGCGCCGCCCGCCGCCUGGGCUUCCGCCUGCCACAGGCUCAGGCAGGCCGCGGUCGGACGGCGGGCCUGGCCGGUGCUCCGAGCGUUGCCUUCAGUCGGGCAUGUCCCUCUACAGGGGGAAGAUUCAAAACU